AUGCGCCCCUGUACCGCCUCCUCAUGCUGCUGCCAGGCCCGUAAUCUGCCAUGGGCCCCCGUACCGACUCCUCAUGCUGCUGCCAGGCCCCCGUAAUCUGUCAUGGGCCCCGAACUGUACCGCCUCCUCAUGCUGCUGCCAGGUCCAGAGUGUGUCAUGGGUCCCUUUACGGCCUCCCAAUUUGCUGCUGUCUCUAUCGCCACACUCUGCCAUGUGCCACUUUCAGGUCUCCUCACACUGCUGGUGGUUUCCAUUUUUGUCAUAGGGUGCUGUAUGGCCUCCCAUUGCUGCUGCCUCCACCGCCACACUGUGGCUCCACACUCUGGUUUUGGCCCCGUGACUGCCCAAAUGAGUGAAGUGUGCGGUGAUUCUAAGAUCGACGGCACUCAUCUGCAUGUCAUACUGACUGACAGUAUUAUUUCUCUUCCCCAGCACUCCAAGGGCAUUUAAAUUAAAGGUACAGUGUUCUGCACUAAUAUUA